AUGACUUUCCAAAAGGCCAUUGUUGUUAUCGCCCCCAAUACUGCACAGGUCGUCUCUGACAGGCCUAUCCCUACUCUGCGCAACGAUUACGUUCUCGUUAAGGUCGUCUCGGUCGCCCUCAACCCUACUGAUUGGAAGCACAUCGAUUACAUCUCUCCUCCCGGCGUUCUCUGUGGCUGCGACUACUCUGGUAUUGUCGCGGAGGUCGGCAAGGGCGUCAAGAAGCUCUGGAAGAAAGGUGACCGCAUUGCCGGAUUCGCCCACGGUGGAAACUCCGUACAGCCUGAAGACGGUUCUUUCGCCGAGUACAUUGUCGUAAAGGGUGAUGUUCAAUUCCGGAUACCCGACCACAUGACUUUCGAAGAGGCCUCCACGCUGGGUGUGGGCAUAAACACCGUCAUGCAGGCUUUCUACCAAAGCUUGAGCCUAGCCCUCCCCACUAAUCCUCUCAUCAUCCCAGAGCCCAUUCUUGUCUACGGCGGCUCCAGUGCCACUGGUCUCGUUGCUAUCCAAUUCGCCAAGUUGUCUGGUUACCAGGUGCUCACCACCUGCUCCCCUCGCAACUUUGACCUGGUAAAAAGUUUCGGUGCCGAUGCAGUGUUCGAUUAUAAUGAUACCCAGUCCGCUGCCGAGAUCCGUAAGUCUACUGAGGACAGGCUCAAACUCGUUUUUGACACCAUUUCUCUUGACACCACUGCAGCUUUCUGCGGUGAGGCUCUCUGCACCAAGGGGGGUUCUUACACCAACCUUCUGUGGGCAAAUGUUCCCCGUGAGAAUGUGCAUUCAAAUAGUGUUUUGGUGUAUACCAUUAUUGGUGAGGAUUUUACCCUCGGAACUACCUCUAUACCUGCUAUUCCUGCGAAUCGCACAUUCGCGGAGGACUUCCACCCCCUAGUUGAGAAGUUGUUGGAGAAGAAUUUUAGGGCUCAGCCACUUGUAGUGGGAAAGAAGGGAUUGAAAGGUGUUCUCGAGGGAUUGAAUUCGAUGCGUAAAGGUGAUGUAAGUGGUGAGAAGUUGGUAUAUAACAUUUCUGAAACUCCUUGA